AGGAGGGGUUCAGGCCGCGGCCGGGAAGCCAGCGGUCCGGGAGUCCAAGUCUCCAACACCCGCCGGCUGCAGAUGGGUCGGCAGCCCCGUCAGGGCGGGGCGGCCUCCGGCUCUCAGCCGGGUUUCAGCGCCGGGCGCACAGGCCCGGGCCUCCCGACCGCGCCGCGGAACUACAAGUCCCAGCAGCGGGGCUGCCCGGACUUCCGGAAGCCGAGGCUGGGCGGGGAGGAAGCGGCGGAGACCUGGCCGAGAAGCCCGGGGUUCAUUUAGCCAGAAGAAAAGGGGGCGGGAAGGGCUGUGGGGCUAAACCUGUCAGUUCGCCACCAUGAACGUGGUUUUGGCUGUGAAGCAGUACGUUUCCAAAAUGAUAGAGGACAGCGGGCCGGGGAUGAAAGUACUUCUCAUGGAUAAAGAGACGACUGGUAUAGUGAGUAUGGUAUACACACAAUCAGAGAUUCUUCAGAAGGAAGUGUACCUUUUUGAACGCAUUGAUUCUCCGAACCGGGAGAUCAUGAAACACCUGAAAGCAAUUUGUUUUCUUCGGCCUACGAAGGAGAAUGUGGAUUAUCUGAUUCAGGAGCUCCGAAGACCCAAAUACAGUAUAUAUUUUAUUUAUUUCAGUAAUGUGAUCAGCAAGAGUGAUGUGAAGUCAUUAGCUGAAGCUGAUGAACAGGAAGUUGUGGCUGAGGUUCAGGAAUUUUAUGGUGAUUACAUUGCUGUGAAUCCACAUUUGUUUUCCCUCAAUAUUUUGGGUUGCUGCCAGGGUCGAAAUUGGGAUCCAGCCCAGCUGUCCAGAACAACUCAAGGACUGACGGCUCUCCUUUUAUCCCUGAAGAAAUGCCCUAUGAUUCGUUAUCAGCUUUCAUCAGAGGCAGCAAAGAGACUUGCCGAAUGUGUUAAGCAAGUCAUAACUAAAGAAUAUGAACUAUUUGAGUUCCGGCGGACUGAGGUUCCUCCAUUGCUACUUAUUUUGGAUCGCUGCGAUGACGCCAUCACCCCAUUGCUAAACCAGUGGACAUAUCAAGCCAUGGUCCAUGAACUGCUGGGCAUAAACAACAAUCGGAUUGAUCUUUCCAGAGUGCCAGGGAUCAGUAAAGACUUAAGAGAGGUGGUCCUAUCUGCCGAAAACGACGAAUUCUAUGCUAAUAACAUGUACUUGAACUUUGCCGAGAUUGGUAGCAAUAUAAAGAAUCUCAUGGAAGACUUUCAGAAGAAGAAACCAAAAGAACAGCAAAAACUAGAAUCAAUAGCAGACAUGAAGGCCUUUGUUGAGAAUUACCCACAGUUCAAGAAGAUGUCUGGGACUGUAUCAAAACACGUGACAGUUGUUGGAGAGCUGUCUCGGUUGGUCGGUGAGCGGAAUCUGCUGGAGGUUUCGGAGGUUGAACAAGAACUGGCCUGUCAAAAUGACCAUUCUAGUGCUCUCCAGAAUGUAAAGAGGCUCCUGCAGAACCCCAAAGUGACCGAAUGCGAUGCUGCCCGCCUGGUGAUGCUCUAUGCACUGCAUUAUGAGCGACACAGCAGCAACAGCCUACCAGGGCUAAUGAUGGACCUCAGGAAUAAGGGUGUUUCUGAGAAAUAUCGAAAGCUUGUCUCUGCAGUUGUUGAAUAUGGUGGUAAACGGGUCAGAGGAAGUGACCUCUUCAGCCCUAAAGAUGCUGUGGCUAUUACCAAGCAGUUCCUCAAAGGAUUGAAGGGAAUAGAAAAUGUGUAUACUCAGCAUCAACCUUUCCUACAUGAGACCCUGGACCAUCUCAUCAAAGGAAAGCUUAAAGAAAACCUGUACCCUUAUCUAGGCCCCAGCACACUCAGAGACAGACCUCAGGAUAUCAUUGUGUUUAUAAUUGGAGGAGCCACCUAUGAAGAAGCUCUAACAGUUUAUAACCUGAACCGUACCACUCCUGGAGUGAGGAUUGUCCUGGGAGGAACCACAGUGCACAACACGAAAAGUUUCCUAGAGGAAGUUCUGUCUUCUGGACUGCACAGCCGAAGCAAGGAGAGCUCUCAAGUUACCUCCAGGUCAGCAAGCAGAAGGUGAACCGGUGAUGGAGAGGUGAGGAGACCGGCGCAGCUUCCCCUCUUGCCUCGCUGCAGGCUCUCGCACUGACCAGGAGCAUCGGAGAAGAGCCUGGGUUCUGUGCUUGUUCUUACAACCCAUCUCCAGGUAGCCUGCUGAUCCCUGAACUGUUGGCGCAGACACCAAGACUCCCAGUGAUGAGUUACGAAUAAGUCUGAGCCCUUCCCAGCCCAUUUUUCUCAUGGUUUCUUUAUCAAAUAAAUAAAUGUAUUCCUUGUAUUUAAUAGCACAAUCACUUCUGUUUCUGAUGAAUUUUGUUGGAUCUUACUUGACAAAAAGGGUUGUGAGAGCUGGAGGAGUUUUUAGAAGUAAUCAUUUGGUGUACACACUGCACACUCUCUCUCCUCUUGACCCCUUUUAUUUUUCAUUAACCACAUUCCUGCACAAGUCAUUUCUGAAAACUCAUCAUGUUUCUGUAGAGAGCCAUCCAAAAAUUGUCCCUACAUUGCAAUUUUCUGUGGCACUGAGAAACCAUGUGUGACUGCAAUAAAAAGCCAUUUUGU